UUUUUGUCCAUAUUUUAUUGUUUGAUAGCCAAUCUCAUUAAAAUGAUUUAACUUAGGAUGCUAGAAUUAGAUUUGCAGAUGGAGUACAUUUGGUGACUGAACAUUCAGACAUUGUCAGAUUGUUAUGAUGCACUGCAUAUUACGAAGAUGUAUCUAGUUUUAUUGCUUUGUAAGAAUCAAAGUUUCUAAGCUGCCUCAUCCAGUACAGCUUUGCUGUACUCAGGCACUGUGUGUGCAUGCAAAUUGUUUCACAUGAUGCAUUUGUGCGUAUUCUUUUGGAACAGUAAUGAAAACAGCUGUAUGCUUGUUCAACAGAAAGAUGUACACGAGAAUGCUAGGAAAGGUCUAUGGCUGCCAAUUGUACAUAUAUCUUCUUCAGAGUCUGUGACAUUUGCAAAUAUAUGUGACUUACUCAAUCAACAUGAAAGUCGAUUUGAAGUAUCUUCGUCCGGAAUUUUGGAAUUCAGAAGGAUGCCAGUAAUAGAAAACAUUGUAGAUAAUGAGGUAAAGGAGAAAUGGAUCGUGACAUGUAUUGCCUAUGUAACAACAAAAUCCAAUGAAAUGUCAAAUCAAGAUACAACUCCUACUAUGGACACAGAACCUGAAAUUCAAAAUAAAGGAAUUUGGUUGCAUGAAUCAGAUAUGGUGAAAAUGGUCUCACAAACAUCUUCUAAUCGUUUAAACGAAUAUCUCUUUGGACCUGAGCCUUUAUAUAUGACACAGCAAGCAAAAUUGGGCACAUUGAAAACUUUGCCUUUUGAAAGCUUUUGUGAUCUAUGCCAUACAUUUCCAGCAGCAACGAAUUUUGAAGACGGAAACUUGCCAACUUUGUCGCAAAAUAUUGCACCAAAACAUGGUUCAAAGUUGAGUAAUGUAAAAUUGUCCCCUACAAGUAAAAAAACAGAUGUUACACUAGCCAGUGGCACAGAAUUCAAUGAAACUCAAAAAUUUGAGUCUGCAAGCAACUCACAAUUAAUGGAGAAUAAUAAAUUGCCUCACUCCUCAUUUAUAAGGACGAGAUUACAAAAACUAGACUCAAAACUUACUCCGGAAGUUCAAGCAAAAUUGAUGAGACUCUCAACGAUUUCGGAUGAGGAGAUUGUGUUCUUAAGAAGAGUAUUUUACAAAUAUUCCUUCCCAUCUUGUACUCUCAACCAGAAGACAUUUUGUAAUCGUUUUUUGCCAGAAGUUUGCCAGAUUAAUGAUGAAUUUCUUUCAUCAGAUUAUUUCAGAGCAGUUUCUCUGGUCACCGAUCAAUAUCCUUUUGUCACAUUCAAUGAGAUAUUACUCGGCGUUGCACUCAUGCAGCCUACGAUUCCACAUGGAGGAAAAUUUGCAGAACAAAGAUGUCGAUGUAUAUUCCGGUACUACAGCAGAUCAAGUAAUGACUUCAUGAAGUCAGAAGAAUUCAUGAGAAUGCUGACAGAUAUAAGAGUGUCAAAGGGGAAGGAACCUUUAAAAGAACAAGCAUUAAUAGAAGAAGCAAAACGAACAGCAAGGUUGUUCGGAUGUGAAGCAAGAGAUAACCUACCAUUAAACGCAUUUUUGGAAACUGUUGGCCAACUUAAGUUUCGUGGUACAUCAUCUAUAUUUAGAAUGACAAACAAACCAUGGUUGGAUGCCAUGAAAUUGUGUGAAGCAACAAGUACACCAAGAAAUGCAGGUGCACAGUCUAGAAAACGUGUUAGAAGUUGUGAUGAUAUAUCUUCAGAUGGAAUGAAAUCGUCAUCUUCGGGAAUGAACAUCGCAGAUGAGGAUGAGCCUCAAUUAAAACGCAUAUCCAAGGAAUGUGAACCAUAUCAACUCGCACUUCACUCAGUUAAAGUUCGCAGAACUGGAGCAACUGUUGAGGCCAAGGCAUUGUGGGACUUGGGACAAGGGGAAUGGCAUGAGAAUAAUUCUGACAAUCCAGCCAUAGAAGAUAAUGUUUGUCCUCCAUUUCAAGCAGAAAAGUUGAAGUUUCAUAGAACAGCAAGUUUGAAAGCUUUUAACAAAAGAUCUCAUGGAAAUGAAAUGCUCAAUGGUUUGCAAUAUUUUGAACGCGGAAUAAAAAAAAGUGUUGGAGGCAAGGAGCCAUUUUCAUGGGGUGAAGUUGAUAUGGCAGCUCUAGCAAAAUGUCUACUUGCCGUAUGCAGAGAAGCAAAGACAGUAUUGAUGCGGGAACCUAGACUUCUCAAAAUCUCUACUCCAGCUUACAUUCUCGGUGAUCUUCAUGGAAAUUAUCGUGAUCUUGUUUGUUUUGAAAAAUCUCUUUGGAGAGUUGGCCCACUGUUGACUCCUUGCAAAUUUCUUUUCCUUGGAGAUUAUGUAGACAGAGGACAGAAUGGAGUGGAGGUUGUGGCAUAUCUACUUGCACAAAAAGUUCAAUGCCCCAAUAAAAUAUUUUUAACUCGUGGAAAUCAUGAAGUUCGUGAAAUUCAGCUCUCAUUUACAUUUCAUGAAGAAUGCAUUAAUAAAUUUGGAAAACAAGUUGGAAAGAAGGUUUGGGAAGCCAUCAACUCUUGCUUCGAUUGUCUUCCAUUGGCAGCAGUAGUGGAUGACAGGAUAUUUACAGUUCAUGGUGGAAUACCAAGUUCCACGUUUUAUCCUGAUUCCACAAUAGAGGAAGCAAUUAAUAGAAUACCUAACACGAUCACCAAUCCUGAAGUUCAAAGUCCUCUUGCUUGGGAAAUGAUGUGGAAUGACCCAGUCAGGGAAAACGAGGAAUUACCCACAGCAGCAAAGAUCCAACUAUCUGUUAAGGAGGGUUUUGUCAAUAAUUCUAGGAGAGGGACAGCUAGUAUGUUCAGCACAGAAGCUCUUGAAAGAUUCUUGUUGAAGCAUGAUUUUAGUCAUGUGAUAAGAGCGCAUGAGGUUCAACAAAUCGGAUUCAAGGUGCAACAGCGAGGAAAAUUACUUACUGUAUUCUCGUCAUCACAUUAUUGCGGAGGAUCAAAUGAAGCAGCUUGUAUUUUGGUAGAUGACCGAAAAAUUCGAACGAUUAGACUUGAUACAACUUGAACUCUUCAUUAUUUUCAAAAUAUUGUUCAUAUUCUUUUCAAUAUAUACAGGUCUCUACAUAAAUGUAAGAAUUUUACCAUAAAUAGUUUGGUUUUCACCAUUUGUAUGACUUAACCUAACCCACUCUUUUACUCUUCUUUACACAUCUGAAUGAUCUGCUACAUUUCACAUUACAUAUACAGCAUAAGCAGAUGCACUUCAUGAAGCAUAUUGGUGCCUAAAACCUUUUUUUUAUUAUAAAAGUUUGUGUAGAAAUUUUCUAAAUGAAUAAAUGAAGUGUUCCCAAA